UCGUCGUCAUCCUUGUCGUCUUUCGACUUUGUGCCGCUAAUCAAAGCAGAUCUAAAGAUGUCUGGUCGAGGAAAGGGAGGCAAAGGUUUGGGGAAAGGCGGCGCCAAGCGUCACCGCAAAGUUCUCCGCGACAACAUCCAGGGUAUCACCAAGCCUGCCAUCCGCCGCCUGGCUCGCCGCGGCGGAGUCAAGCGCAUCUCCGGCCUCAUCUACGAGGAGACCCGCGGCGUGCUCAAGGUCUUCUUGGAGAACGUCAUCCGCGACGCCGUCACCUACACCGAGCACGCCAAGCGGAAGACCGUCACCGCCAUGGACGUCGUGUACGCCCUCAAGAGACAAGGACGCACUCUGUACGGUUUCGGAGGUUAAAUUCGGAACUCUGCCUGCCGUCAAGCAAAACCCAAAGGUCCUUUUAAGGGCCCCACACUUUUUCUACGAACAGCACGUUUUCCAUUUCACUUUCUCGUUGCCACAACACGCUGACUGGUCAUGAGACUGAUUGUUUCCCUUGCCAAUUAUAAAUUGAUUACUCUGAAAUGAUUAGAGAACAUGCAACAUUAAAUUCAUCAGGGUGCAUGUCUUGUCGUUUGGUUAGUUUUAAUAGUUUUCCGUUUGGUCGUCACCAAGAAAAACCAGAGCGUGCAAGUUUGCCAGCAAAUUGAUUCUUUGACGUGGUUCCCAUCGCGAGAAGAUUAGACGUCCAGCAACUUUUACUGCUCUGGCCAAUAAAACAUUUUGCUGGA